CCCGGAGACAGACACUCAAAUCAGUCCAAUCUUUGAUCCUUUUACAGCGGUAUCUGGCAGGUGGAUUUUGGCAGGUGGUCAUCUACUCCUUCAGAAAAGAUGUUUGCAGGCAAACGGUUAGGCAAGGUACACCCCGCACUUUCACAUUCAUGUUCACGUUCAUAUAAUUCUGUCGAUGCUAAUACCACUUAAGGAGCUGUUGAAGGUAGAUAGAGAUGUACUAGAAAUCUUCUACACAUUACACUAACAAGUCAGAUGAAAGAACACCUCCCCCCCGGAAUCGCAAUCGCCAAAUCGGAGAAUCUCGAGGAAUGGCAGAUGGACAUCCAAGUCCUGGACGACAACCCACUGUACCGCGGCCAGACGUACCGGUUGAAAUUCACCUUUGGAUCGAAAUACCCUAUUGAACCCCCCGAAGUCCAGUUCAUCCAGUCCGCCGCUCCCGACCCCCGCCCGAUCCCCAUCCACCCACACAUCUACAGCAACGGGAUCAUCUGUCUCGAUCUGCUCAGUUCCGCGGGAUGGUCGCCCGUCCAGACGGUCGAGAGCGUCUGCAUGAGCAUCCAGAGCAUGUUGACUGCCAACUCGCGCGACGAGAGACCCCCGGGCGACGCUGACUUUGUCUCGUAUAAUCGGCGGAGACCGCGGGAUAUCAACUUCUUCUACGAUGACGAUAAUGUGUGA